AAUAUCGACAGCCCGAUACUGAUCUGUCAAAAUGGCCGUGUUUAGAUCGGAUCCCUGCGGUAUAGUAUGUUUGAUUAUAACGUACGCUGCAGUUUUGUAUGCAGAUUAUGUCGUAGUUCGGCAUCUGGUAAUCCCUACAAUGUCAGAGACGCUGUGGGGAGUCGUCAAUGUUGUAGCAUUCAACACCAUCAUUUUCCUGCUCACUAUGUCGCACAUGCGGGCGGUUUUGUCUGACCCAGGAAUAGUACCAUUACCCACAACAGGCCUCGAUUUCUCAGAUCUCCACGCAGGCAAGACCAUGCCUAACAUGAGAGACGGCUGGACAGUGUGUAUGAAAUGUGAAACAUACCGACCCCCAAGGGCUCACCAUUGUAGAAUAUGCCGGCGAUGUAUUCGCAGAAUGGAUCACCAUUGUCCCUGGAUCAACAAUUGUGUUGGUGAAUUUAAUCAGAAAUACUUCAUCCAGUUCUUAUUUUAUGUUGGUAUCCUCAGUGCAUAUGCUACCACAAUGGUGAUUGUAUCAUGGAUGAUGGAUCCAGGAGUGAAAAGCAAUGGAAAACAUGUCAAAUUGAUACAUUCUGUGCUGUUAGUGGUGGAGUCACUACUGUUUGGAAUGUUUGUGAUCGCCAUCGGCUGUGACCAGAUGGGAGCUAUUCUGAGUGACGAAACAGCCGUAGAGCAAGUGAAAAAGGAAGGGCCAAGACGACAGAAAAAAUCAUCAUACGCUUUAAUGCAGGAAGUCUUUGGUCGAGGGCAUCCGUGUUGGUGGCUGGUCCCUCUACAGUUUAAUCCAGUGGUCCAAGUCUACGAGACACAGUACACAGUAUAGCACAGGCCAUUUACUACAAAGGGGGAGGGAAGGGUAUGGGAAGGGGUCACAUUUGGGGAGGGAAUGGAUUUUGUUGUGAAUUUCACUUUUGUUUCGUCAUCCUGUCAAUGUUCUCACAUUCCAGUCUGUAUAGAUUAACUUGGUUUAAAUAGUCUUUCUUUUCCAUUACUAACAUUUCAAAGUUUAUUCAUUUAAUAUCAGCUCAUUUCUUACUUUUGAUAUCCGGCAUGUCUACAGUGUAUAUACCUGUGUAUAUGUGUUUCACGCCUACAAAGUCUAGGCUGUGCCAUAAUUAACCUACAGUAAACCCAGGGACCAAUGAUCUGAGACUCCAAUGAGGGGGAGGGGGUAAUCGGAGGUAUGUGUGGUUAUUAAUUAAAUAAUAACAACAGUAAUGAUAACAUACCUUUAUAGAGAACCUAGCUAUAAAUGCCAGCCCAUUACUACAGGAAAGUUGGUAAUUCUAGUGGACAACAACCAUGAGGAGCUUAUAGCUGGACAUAGACUUAUUGUCAGACAUUUGACUUAUUGUCAGACAUUUGACUUAUUGUCAGACAUGGACUUAUUACGGGACAUGGACAUAUUAUCAGACAUGGACUUAUUACCAGACAUGAGCUUAUUACCAAACAUGGACUUAUUACCAGACAUGGACUUAUUACCAGACAUGGACUUAUUACCAGACGUGGACUUAUUACCAGAUAUGGACUUAUUACCAGAUAUGGACUUAAUGAUAGACAUGGACUUAUUGGGAUAUGUUGACUUAUUGUCAGACAAUGACUUAUUGGUGAAUACAUACUGUAAACUUUCAUACCAAACCACAAAAAAUACAUCAUUUAUGAGUGUUGUUGCAUUUUAAAUCUGAUCAAACACUUUCAGGAGUUAAAAUUGUACUAUAUAGAGAAGACAUAAUGAGUGUCUUAAAAUAUAAGCUGUAUUUUUGCAGGGGUAAAGAAGGACAAAACUGGCGAGCCUCAGCAAACCACUUUUGUCUUUCUGUCCCGAGCCAAAAAUACAGCUUAUAUUUUAAGACACUGACCAUGAAUUCUAUUUAUCAUGCAACAGUCAU